AUGGCAGGAUUAGGCGAUGCCCCUCUUAUGCAGUAUAUCGCCGUCCCAGCCGUAUGUCUGUUGAUAACUUUUCUCGGCUUCUUCUCGCAGUAUCUUUUCCACUACUCGACAACGCUCGAUCCCGGCCCUCCCUCGCGCAAGGAGACGAUUACCUUCAACAUCUUACUUGCCGCCUUAUACUACACCUACUUCAAGACCGUCUCCGUUGAUCCCGGCCGCUAUGUCUUCGCGGACCGAGUCCUUGAGGUCGAUGACAAGAAGCAGUGGUGCAGCAAGUGUGAGGCCCCGAAGCCUCCGCGCGCCCAUCACUGCCGUCACUGCCAGCGAUGCAUCCCCAAGAUGGACCACCACUGCCCCUGGACCAAUAAUUGCGUCUCCAUGACCACGUUCCCCCACUUCAUCCGCUUCCUUAUCUACGCCAACCUUUCCCUGUGGAUGAUGGGCUACCUGCUAUUCCAGCGCUUCUACCCGCUAUGGGAGUCGCGAAACCUACCGUCGUAUCUGGGUCCCAGUCUCCUGGCUCUUGUUUCCCUGUCUGCUAUUUCAGUCGUGGGCUUCUUCACAUCAGUCGCCCUCUUCAUCAUGCUGGUAACCACAGCUAAGUCCUGGUUGACGAAUCAGACCACUAUUGAAGGAUGGGAGGUAGACCGCCACGAGGCUAUCGCCGAGCGCGGCGGUCGUGACUGGUGGGACAUUACUGGGCCCAACGGGAAACCAAUUCGCUUCGAGAAGAUCGAGUUCCCUUACGACAUUGGCUUCUUUGCAAACAUGGCACAGGCUAUGGGCACCAGCAACAUCCUUUGGUGGUUCUUCCCCUUUGCCAGCAACCCCAAGAUAGGCGAGGAUGGCACUGGUAGCGGAUGGACAUGGGAGGAGAAUGGGUUCAAUCGCAUGAAGGGCAUGUGGCCGCCCCUAGAUCCGGAGAAGAUUCGACGCGCCAACCGCACGUGGCCCGGUGCCAGAAGGGACUACGCAGCCGAGCUAAAAGAGCUGGAUAUAGGUCCUGAAGAGAGGAAAGAAGCCUUCAGGCAGCGACAGGAGCAGGACCUGGAGCGGAGGAAGAAAUUAGUGGCCGAGCUAGAAGAGGUGGACAGCAACUUUGAAUUUGUAAAUGGCAGCGAUAGUGACGAUGACGACCACAGCGAUAACGAUGAUAAUCGUGGCUUUGAUGGAGCCCCAGGCUGGACCAACUCGGAUGGCGAACGUCUGCGCGAUUAUGGCGUAGAUGAAGAGGCAGAGGACCUGGCCGACGACAACAUCCCCCUCGCAGAACUCAUACGGCGCCGCAAAGGUUUCCAGUAUGAAGCAACAACGCAAGAAUGA